AUGUCUAUUAAAUGUUUCAGAGUAGGCCUCAAAUUUGGCGUUGUAGCUGGUUGUGUAAAAUUAUCAAUUGACCAAGGUAUAUGGUCACUGAAAACUGACAAAGGAGCACAGUUGUAUGCUAACCUACAGGAGCACGUUCUUCCUGGAUUCAUUGUAUUUCCUGAAGAAUUGCCAUCUAACGAAGAGUUACGAAGGGAUUUGGGUGGAGUAUGGAAUAGUGGUGUGGAUUCAUUCUUCAAUGGAAUUGAAAAGAUGUCAUCGUUCAUAAGUCAUAACUCAGUGACGAAGUUACACUAA